AUGCCAUCGCAUCGCAGAUUAGUCAACAACGCGGUGUUCAGCCUUUGGAAGCCACCAGGCGCUUUGUGCCAUGCAGCUGAAUGCAGAGGCCGCGUGGUGGGCUUCCAGCAGUGCCGGCUGCGGAGCAGGUUGGCGAAAAGUACUACCAUUCGUCCGGGCAAAAGACAAAUCGAGCUGUUGGUUGAUGCAGACAAUCCUGGGAUCCACGCUAUCCGAGAAGCAGUCAAGCGGUUGACUGAAGCAAAAAAUGCUAUCGUGCACACCACCCUGUUUGCUGAACCGAGAAGACUUGAAAACAACAAGUGGAAGCAGUUUGUGCAAGCCGAUGAAAGAAUUUCUUUUGUUGCCGUUCCCAGAGACGGAGUUCUAAGCCAGCCGAACGACGAGGCCAUGGUGUCAAGAGUCGAGAGCAUUUGCUUGCGGUCCGGCACGACAGGUAUUGCUGUGUUCGCUCGAGACUCUGCUUUGGUGGAGGACAUCGUCGCUCGCACUUUGAAGCACCGGAAGCAGAUUGUUGUGGUGGGUCCGGCGAUACCCACGUUCGACAUCGAAGCUCAGCGAAUUUCAAACAUGGGUGCCGAGGUUUUGCGUUGUAACCUAGAGCGCGAUGUUCCCCUUAAAGUCCGCGCGACCCUUCAUGCAGAUGGAACAGGUGAGGUUCGUUUAUUCACCGAUGCACAACCGAAGCUUUUCGGUGAUCGGCUUCAGCGUCACGGGGUCUUGAUGGACUUCCUUGGCUCGCAUGACUGCCCAGCUACAGAGCAGACAUUGCACACGGUUGCCAUUAUGGUGGUGUUUCCACCGGAUGCGACCUUUAGUGCGAUACACGACAUGAUGGCUGAUCGGGGCCAGUUUCGACAAAGGUGGCAUCGUGAUGUAGCUUUCUGUCUUCCACUGGGCCUUUACGGAAAGACAAAAAGCAAGACAGUCCAGGACACGUACGGAAGCAUGUUGCAAAGGAGAAUUUUCCUCGGCGGAGGCCCCUUCGUGGUCGAGAGUUCGGACACCUUGGUUGCAGUAAUGCUGACCAAGCUUGGGUUUCUGGAUACGGGGCUGAACGCAGACUUCAAAGAGGCCAUGUUCGUCUUCAUGAAUGGUAGUUGCAACAAGACUCAGCUAAGACGAAUUGGGCUGCUAGACAGAGCAGCUUGCACGGUCUCAGAAGCAUCAGCCAUGCUUCACAGCGCAUUCUUGUCAAACGCUUGUUAUGGAUGGCAGCAUGCACCAUCGGACAGCCUACCUCGAAAAGUUCUGCUCAAAGCAGGUCGUAUUAAAGUCCAAGACACUCCAAGGCAGGCAGUUUUUCGCGCGAUGCGUCAACAUAUUGAUGAAAGUCUUGGUCCGUGGGCAGGUCCGCAGCUACAGACUUACAAUGGUUUGGUUUGGAGCAUUUCACGCAUGGCUGAAGGCAAUAUAGAUCCGAAGCUGCGGGAGAUCGUACUUCUCCAAGAUGAUGUUGGAAGGUAG